AUGGGUCGCUCUUUCGAAGAAGACCCAUUGACUUUGGCUAUCGCUCCACCGCCAGACGAAACUGCGGAGGAACGCCAAAUAAGAGAGGCGGCGGAAGCAGAGGCCAAGAGGAUUAGUGAUGAGAUCGACGAGCAGCUGCGGAAGGAGAGAGAGGCGGAGAGGAAGAAGAAGAGGCCGGUCAAACUUUUGCUCCUCGGCCAAAGUGAGAGCGGAAAGACCGCUACCCUCAAAAACUUCCAAUUGACAUACGCACGACGAGAAUGGUCCGAGGAACGCGCUGCGUGGCGCGCAGUCAUCUUCCUCAAUCUCGUGCGCAAUGUCAACGUCAUCCUGGACCACCUCAACGCUGAAAUGUCGGACCUCCCAUACAACCCCGACGACUCCCAGGAUGACUUACACAGGCCCCGACCACCUCGGGCACUCCCACGUCUCAAGUUCACUGAGCAACACCGUUUGCUCGUCAAGAAACUCGGUCCUCUGACCAGCGUCCAAAAAGACCUUGAACAAAGGCUGGGUACAGCCACGGCAGAGAUAAAUAGCACUACUGUCACCAUUGCUGCUCCUUUUGACGUGACCCCUACCAACCGACGCGCGUUGCAGGAGUUUUCGAUUAAUUCUUCGAACGGAUGGAAGUCUGCGUUGGGUAAAUUUCGCAUGCGUUCCCAACGGCCCGAGAACGAGCCUGGCCUGACGCGGAAGAUACAAGAAACGGAGGAAGACAUCGUUGAGAUCAUUGCUAGCUGUCGCGACGAGAUCAAGUCUCUAUGGGACGAUUCUAUCGUCAGAGAGAUGCUAAAUAGGAGGAAAGUGAGAGUCGAGGAUUCGCCAGGGUUUUUCAUCAACGAUGCGGAACGCAUUGCAAACAGGGACUACCAACCUACUGAUGAUGACGUUAUCCGGGCCCGUCUUCGAACAAUUGGUGUGCAAGAGUAUCGUUUUGUUUUUGACCAUGGCAGAACAAUGGGUCAGGAGUGGAGACUUUACGAUGUUGGUGGUACACGAAGUAGCAGAGCAGCGUGGUAUCCGUACUUUGACGAUGUUGACGCAAUCAUAUUCCUUGCACCAAUCUCUCCUUUCGAUGAAAAGCUAGCCGAAGAUCGGCGGGUCAACCGACUAGAAGACACCUAUCUACUAUGGCGCUCAGUUUGUGCAUGCAAGCUCCUGGCGCGGACACAGAUUAUUUUAUUCUUGAACAAGUGCGACCUCCUACAGGCAAAACUACAACGAGGAGUCCGAAUACGAGAUUCAGUUCCCAGUUUCGGCGACCGCAAAAACGAUCUUCCAACGGCUACCCGAUACUUCCAAACACACUUUAAGGAAAUAGCGAGACAAUACUCUACUGUGCCACGCCCCUUCUAUGUUCAUCUGACCUCUGUCAUUGAUUCACAGUCCACCGCUGUCACAUUGGGAGCAGUCGAAGAAUCGAUUCUCAGGGAACAUUUACGCCGUGCCGAUCUUAUGUGA